AUGGCCGCCAACACCACCUCCAACAUCACCGCCGCGACCCUUGUCAUGGCAACGCCGCACGACAAGGCCAUGCUUCUGGACGUCCACGGCCUCCUCGACAAGAUCUUCGCGCGGAACCAGAACCAGCACCGCCGCAGCCACUGGUGGAAGUCGCUGCACGCCUUCCGCAAGCAGCUUGGCCUCCUGCUGGAGGAGAUGGCUGGCUCAAAGGCCGAAGCCAAGAUCGAAGCUCGGCUUCGCUACUGGGAUGAGAAGUUCAUCCACAUGUGGUACUACCAGCUCGUCGCCGUGGGCCCGUUUGCGAUGCUAGGCAUCGUCAUGAUGGCGAGCGUUGCGCGCGUGUGCCGCAUCUGCGGUAUCACCGCGGUGUACGAGGAGAUCGCCUCAGGCGACAUCAAAGGCGUUUUGAGCGCCAAUGAUGAAUUGGCUUUGGCGGGAGAGUUUGCUGGGGUGUUGGAUGAAGAGGAGGGUUGGGGUGAGGAUGAGGGUGUGGUGGUGGAGAGGGAGGAGUAG